GCACAAAUAGCGUGUGAAUAAUCUCCUCCACCUGCAGACAGAUUAGCUGCUGAACCCCUGUUUGAUUAUCAGCAGACUGUGUGCUGUCCUUUUAAGCCCCGCCCCCUGCACACAAGUACACAAGUACACACACACACUCACACAGCCCUCCCCCUGCUGUCAGCGCAUCUCUCCCUCUCUCCGCCGUUAAUCCGUCUCUCUCUUUCGGUGAUCAUGGCGGAAAUCAAAACGGGAAUCUUCGCUAAAAACGUGCAGAAACGGCUGAACCGCGCGCAGGAGAAGGUGCUGCAGAAACUCGGGAAAGCAGAUGAGACCAAAGAUGAGCAAUUUGAACAAGUGGUCGUCAACUUCAGGAGGCAGGAGUCUGAAGGCUCUCGACUGCAGAGGGAAAUGAAAUCCUACAUGGCUGCCAUUAAAGGGAUGCAGCAGGCCUCCAUCAAUCUGACACAAUCUCUACAUGAAGUCUACGAACCCGACUGGCACGGGAAAGAUGAUGUCAUGGUCAUUGGGAAGGACAGUGAUGCAUUGUGGGAAGAUUUCCACAAUAAACUGGUGGACUCAACUCUCCUGAACCUUGAUGCGUAUCUGCAACAGUUUCCAGAUCUCAAAACCCGUGUGGCCAAAAGAAGUCGUAAACUUAUCGACUAUGACAGCGCUCGCCAUCACGUGGAAACUCUGCAGGUUUCAGGGAUGAAGAGUGAUCGCAAGAUGAUGAAGGCUGACGAUGAGCUCAGAAAGGCUCAGAAAGUGUUUGAUGAGCUGAAUGUCGGUCUUCAGGAUGAACUGCCCACCCUAUGGGACAGCCGGGUUGGUUUCUACAUCAGCACCUAUAAGAGCGUGACAAGUCUGGAGGCCAAAUUUCACCGUGAGAUCUCUCUGGUGUGCAGGCAGCUGUAUGAAGUGAUGACUCAGCUGGCCGAGCAGCACUCUGACAAAAUGUUCACCAUCCAAGGAGCUCCGAGUGAUUCAGGACCUCUGCGACUUGCCAGAACCCCUUCCCCUCCUGAGGACGAAAGUCCACCUGAGAGUCCAGACGCCAGCGCCAAUCACAUGCUCCGCCCCGUCUCACCUGGACCACCCCGACCCAAGUCGCCAACACAGCUUAAAAAGGGGCCCCCAGUGCCCCCCCCACCAAAGGCAACACCGUCCAAGGAGGUGGCAGAGGAGCAGAUUAUCGACUUGUUUGGAGGAGAGUUCUUACCUGCACCUUCUCCAUCCCAGCCCAAUGAACGACCUGGAGAAUCUCUGCUGGACCUCGACUUUGAUGCUUUUCAGCCUGAUGACAGUGUUUCACCAAUCCCACAGACUGCUGUACCCUGGGAUAUGUGGUCGGCCGACGCUGAAACAGCUCCGCCU